GAAAUAUCGAUAUUUCAAGUGACAGCUUAACGACAGUUUUUAUACCGAUAACGUUAUUAUCUGAUUUCUGGUUAUUAUUAAAUAAAAUGCCUAAUAAGAAAGGUGUGCUCUACAGAUCCGGACAUGACUAAGCGUUUCGACACACAUCGUCAUGUCAUAAAUAAUAAAAUGAUAGUUUUUACAAGGUAUUCCCUAAACAAACAGAGAUAAGAAAAAAAUAUUGAUUAUUUCUGCAUGCAGUCAUAAAUUUUGUGAAGAAAAGAAAAAAAUGCUAAUCCAUAUAGUUUUAAUUGUAGCCCUGUUUAAUCUGAGCUCUGAAAAUCUACUUUGCAAUCUUCAAAGUUCAAAAAUUACUUGUAACGAUAUCAAACAAGAAGAUCUGUAUAGUAAUAUAACUGUAAUCGUCAACCCAGAUGACGUCUCGUAUUUAAAAAUUAGUAACAGUUCAAUAUCGUCCAUCGACAGAAACAUGUUUAAACAUUUCAAAUACUUACAUACUCUAAAUUUAGAAAAUAUACAACUUAAAAAUAUUUUGCAAGCUUCAUUUGUAGAUCUAUCUGCUCUUAUGAAUCUUCUGUUACAUGACAAUCUAUUAGAAAAUUUUAAUUCAGAUAUUUUUGAUCCAGAUAAUGUACUAAAAUCAUUGGAUUUAUCUAAUAAUCUUAUUGCGAAUUUAGAUAACUUUAACAUAAGCAGUUUUUCUACACUAAAACUAAUGAACAUAUCGAAUAAUAAAUUGCAUUCUUUGCCGAAAGAAAUUCUAAAUAAAUUACAGACUGAAGAUGAUUUUUAUUUAAUCAUAGACAAUAAUCCCUGGAACUGCGACGACACCGACUGGAUAGAAGAUCUGGAUACAAAUCUAAUAGCAGCAUUUUGUAAAGAUUUUACCGAAGAUGACUAUGUUCAAAACGAUGCUCCUACUGCGGACUUUGUGGAUGAACCAAUGGUUCAAAAUAUAGACUCCAUAAAAGAAACUAAAUCUAAUAGGAACGCUUUUUCCUACGAAAAUAAAUGUUUUUCCUACUGUACACUUUGGUUCAUCGGAGGAGUAUGGUUGGGAGUUAUAUUGGGCAAUGCUUUUAAAAUCAAGAAACUUAUAUGUAGACCAAACAUUAGAUGUGUGCAGGAACGAGAUACUCAAUGCGAAAUGACAAAUCUACGAUUAAAAGAGUGAUGAUACAAUGGAAAUGGAAGUUCAUUAUUAUCUUGGAGAUACGUGGAAGCAUCGAAGCAAAUUAAAUCUGUUAAUAAAGAGAUGAUAAGUUUAUUUUAUUAUAUAUUUUAAUUUUGAUCAAACUGAUGUAACUAUUUAAUAAAUUUUGUAUUUGAUUUUUA